GUCCGGCCUGGGUUCCUCCGAAGCUACCCCUGUCUCGGCACCGUGCAGGGUCGGGGUCAAGCCGCUUUUGUUUUUCCGUCCCACUUCAAACCCUUCCCAAACCCUGACCUUUUUGCUCCGCCUAGACUACUGCGCGCGUCUGGAACGCGCCAACUAGAGUGGCCCACAAGCGUACUCAUCGCUGACUGUCCUGUCCCCUUGAGGAGUCACCACCCUAAACUGGGAAUCGCGGCUCCUCCCCACAUCCAGAACAAGUGUCUUGAGGGUGUUGGGGGCAGCUGCUCUCCUGUUGCCCAAUCGGGCCGGGCCUGAACACCGGCACAUCGUCGCAGAGGAAGGUCACGUUCAGAAAGCGGAAUCUCUUGUCACUUCUCAGUUUCGCCCAGCCUACGAUAGCGGGGCCCCAGCUGAGGAGGACUGGUGCUCGGGGUCCCUCCCACUGGUUCGGGGCCAAAGGUGAUGACUCGGCCCGGGGAUCCGCGGCGACUCUGCAGGCUGGUGCAAGAGGGCCAGCUGCUUGCCCUGCAGGSGGAGCUGCAGGAGGCUAGAGGCUACCGAGGACCUGGCGGGGACACCCUCCUCCACUGUGCAGCCCGUCAUGGGCGCCGGGACAUCCUAGCCUAUUUGGCCGAAGCCUGGGGCAUGGACAUUGAGGCCGUGAACCGAGACUACAAGAGGCCUCUACACGAGGCUGCCUCAAUGGGCCACCGRGACUGCGUGCGCUACCUGCUGGCUCAAGGGGCAGCUGUGGAUAGCCUGAAGAAAGCCGACUGGACUCCUCUGAUGAUGGCUUGCACAAGGAAGAAUCUUGAGGUGAUCCAGGACCUUGUAGAACAUGGAGCCAAUCCACUCCUGAAAAACAAAGAUGGUUGGAACAGUUUCCAUAUUGCCAGUAGAGAAGGUGACCCUCUGAUCCUCCAGUACCUUCUCACUGUUUGCCCGGAUGCAUGGAAGACAGAGAGCAAAAUUAGAAGAACUCCUCUGCACACUGCAGCAAUGCAUGGCUGUUUAGAAGCAGUAAAGGUGCUUCUUGAGAGGUGUCAGUAUGAACCAGACUGCAAAGACAGCUGUGGUGUCACCCCUUUUAUGGAUGCAAUUCAGUGUGGACACAUCGACAUAGCCAGACUGCUCCUCAAAAAGCAUGAGGCUUGCUUUUCAGCUGAGGAUAGCCUGGGGUCCCAGGCUCUGCACAGGGCAGCAGUCACUGGGCAAGACGAAGCCAUCCGAUUCCUGGUGUCUGAUCUUGGUGUUGAUGUAGAUACAAGAGCAACAACAACCCAUCUCACAGCACUUCUUUUUGCAGCUAAGGAAGGACAUACAAGCACGAUUCAGACUCUCUUGUCCUUGGGUGCUGAUAUCAACUCUAAAGAUGAAAGAAAUCGAUCAGCCCUGCAUCUGGCCUGUGCAGGUCAGCACUUGGUUUGUGCGGAGUUUCUCUUGCAGUCGGGACUGAAGGAUUCUGCUGACAUAACAGGAACCCUGGCCCAGCAGCUCACGAAGACCGCAGGUGUCCUUCAGGGCUUUGACCACAGUGAGGUGGCAUAAGGAUGUUUCUUAAAGGAGACAAUAAAGUAUAUGAUAAUUGAUA